GUUAGUAGUUUAGACUUUAGUACUUUAGUAGCAAAGAUUAGUCAGUUUGUUUUAGACCUCGAUCUCCGUCCUGCGGAUGUAUUUCAAAGUUCAAACGUUAUAAUUAAAUUGUUCGAAAUAGAUCCGAGCCGUGUCUGCGCGGAGCCGGUGUCGUCGGGCCGUAGUGAUGUCCGUCUCUGUCCAGAACGAAGUCGACAGGUUCGGAAUUAGCUAAUCCUCGGAGUUCGAGAGUCCUUUCUUUUUACGGAGGUCGGGACCCUCGCCUUUGACCCUGCCAACAAGGCCAUGAACCGUUACGGAGAUCAUAAUACUCACAAAAAUAAGCAUUUUUCUUACGAGGGUCGCCGGCUAUAGUUCGCUUCCUGAGGGAGGACAGAGAUCUAAGAUGAGGAGAUAUCGCGAUUUACGUCCGUUGAUAAGCCUAAAUGUUAGACCGGAAUAUCCGAAAGCGGAUGCGUUGGAUAUCAUUUUCUAAAUGUUAAAUUGUCUUGGCCAAUGGCAAAUUCGUCCAAACAACCUUAUGAAAAUUUAUCUAAAAAUUCAUUAGCCGAUAUGUCUAGGAAGACAAAGUUGUAUUUGUGCUUAGGUUUGACCGUAGUCGGAUGUCUUUUUUAUGCCACCUUGAGCGGCCACUCAGGUGAGUCUGGAUCAAUUCGUUGCAAUGAAACAGUCAAUGGAUGAGUAUGAAAUCUUGCUUAGAGAAACUAGAGAGCAGAUAUUAGAUAGACUGAAGAUGUGCCAGCAAGACUGUCAACAUUGGGAUCCGGACUUGCCAAUAAUCUAUGUCAUAACUCCAACUUAUAGUCGCCCAGUACAGAAAGCAGAAUUAACAAGAUUUUCUCAAACUUUAAUGCUCGUCAGCAACAUCCAUUGGAUUAUUGUUGAAGAUUCACAAAAGAAAACCCUACUCGUUGAGAACUUUUUAGCAAGGUCUUCAUUGAAUUAUACCCACUUAUUUGAACAGACUCCUCCAUUCUACCAACGCAAGGGAGCUGCUAGAGGUGUAGUUCAAAGAAAUGCAGCUUUAAGGUGGCUCAGGAAGAAUCGAAGUUUGAAUGACAAAGGUGUAGUCUAUUUUGCAGACGAUGACAAUACUUAUUCUAUACAAGUGUUUAGAGAGAUGAGGUUUACAAAAGAAGUUAGCGUUUGGCCAGUUGGCCUGGCAGGUGGUUUAAUGGUAGAAAGGCCAUUGGUAAAUAUGACCACUGGUAAAGUUAUUGGUUUUAACAGUGCGUGGAGGCCCGAUAGGAAGUUUCCUAUCGAUAUGGCCGGCUUCGCCAUCAACCUUCAGCAUCUUUUAAAAAAAACAACAGCAGCGUUUACGUACAAUGUGACAGCUGGUUUUCAAGAAACGUACAUGCUUGAACAAUUGACAACCAAAGAUAGGUUAGAACCCAAGGCGGAUAACUGUACCCAAGUCCUAGUCUGGCAUACAAGAACUGAACGGGCCAGGCUGUCUGAAGAGGACAAACUUAAACGAACAAAGGGCAUCCAUUCAAAUGGUGGCAUUGAAGUAUGAACAUGAUAAAGCUUAUUGUUUUUUAUUUAUUAUUGAAAAAUAAUUUUACUUUGACAUGUGCAAUAUUCGAAUACUGAUAUCAACACAUCGGUUAAUAUUCAAUUAUGUUCUUUUUUUUUAAAUAAAAUUUAUAUGUAAAUGUUACACAUCUGUGAAAUGUUAAUCCAAAAAGAAAUUGUUUAUUUGAAUCUCUUUUUUUUUUAAAUGUUGUACAAACCAGGAAAUGUAUAAAGUAUAUUGUACAUAAUAAAUUUAUUAUUACCUUUUUAAUACGGUGACAUAAAUUACACUUGUAGAAAUAAUGGAAAUCAUUUUCAGUAAUUACGUUGAAUAUAUUUUAUAUGACUGCUUGCAUAAGAAUUGAAGUAAUUGUUGAUAGUAUUUCUGCUCAUUCUAUAUUCUCUACAUCCUAAAAGAUGUCGUUUUGUAAAAAUAAAUGUCAUAUUUGCUUCUGUAAAUAAUUUUAAUGGUUAAUUAGUUUAUCCUCUUAUGAUAUUCCUUCCAUGUUAACAUGCUACGAUUUAUUGUUAGUAUAUUUCUAAAAUAAAAUUAUUUCAAAAUUUACCAUUGUAAAUCAAAAUUCAGUUUUCUUAGGAGUGGUUUAGUUUCUUUCCAAAAUUAUAAAAAGCAUAUUCCUCAAUUAAUUAUUUUAGUGACCUCAACCAUUAAAUGGAAUUUGUUGUCAGUUAAAAGUGCUCAAGUAUUUUUAGAUAUGUGCCUUUCGAUAGGAUAAUUUUAGUAUUCUAGUCUAGAAUAUAUAAUAUUUAUUACUUGAUAUUUAUUGUCGAGAGAAAAAUAAUUGAUAAGAAUACUUUUAACAGUGCUUACUGCAUUUGUAAUCUCGCUGUCAAGUUAUGGCUGUAAUAAACUCUUUUAAAGCUUGCCAUUGAUUUUUUUUCCCUCUAGGUUUCUUUAUUAAUUUUACUUUUUGAAAAGUAAAGUUUUGAACCUUAAAAUGUGCCUAGUUAAAAGAUUCAUUUGUUCUAUUGACAAAGUUUGACAACAUGUGUUCACAGUUUGGAAGUUUUAAAGUGGUAGAUGAAUACAAAAUAUUUUUUAGAAUAAUUUCAUAAUUUGCACUUUGUCAAUUUAAAAUACGUGACCAAAAUGACAAAUAUUGUUUGCACAAUGCACGUUUAUUAAAACAUGUGGAAUUCAUCAUAAAACCCACAACUAUAGUAUUGGCCAUCUGGCAUUUUGUUUUGUUUAAAAAAAAAUUCUUAUUUGAUGUACAAACUGCUAAAUUUAAAGUUAUAAAAUGGAUGACGAAUUCUGUGAAGAACCUGAACCACCUCCCUUUCAAGGAGAUGGCAAGAGACGGGUCAAACCCGACAUAAAACCACCUCCGAAGAAGGGCACCGACAUAACCAUCUCAGAAAAUGCUAAAAAAAAAAUCACCGGCUUACCUAAGAAGUCCCGAUUGACAGAACUAGAAGAGGAAAUGCGAGACAAAGAGAGACAGGUGGAAGAAGAGCACACGAGAAAUUGGUAUUUGGGCGAUGAUUACUUAGACGAGCUACAACAUCGGCUGGAAACUAGCUUUCGUGUUUCACCUCCUGAUCCAUAUGUACACAAUGUUUACAAGUGCUACGAACAAAACAGGGAAGAUCCGAUGAAGUGCAGGGACACUGGCCAUAUGUUGAGAAAGGCAGUAGAAGAAAAGCAGUUAAGAUUUAUUGAAAAAGCACGUAAAAUUGUAGUAGAAGAAAAGGCCAAGAAGACUAAAUAAUUAUUAUAAAGGGUUGUAUUUUAAAAUUAAAUGUGGACCAUUUUUUGAAUGGUAGGAGUUUUCUGUUCAAUAUAAACAUAUGUAAAGUAA